AUGGAAUUGUCACAUAAACAUCGUCUGGAACGAAUCCUGAUUUUGGCCGCCACACUUCUGUCACCUGCCUUCACGGUAUUGUGUAAUGACAUCCUUGGCCUGAAGGUGGCAGGAGAACCAGUGUUGACCCCCAACGCAGUGUGUUUACGACUGGCAGGCCUGACUAAGAGACAGAUGCGGCUGUGUGUACGCAGUCCUGAUGUCACAGCCUCUGCCUUGCAGGGCAUACAGGUUGCCAUUCAUGAAUGCCAGCACCAGCUCCGAGACCAGCGUUGGAACUGCUCCACCCUGGAGAACCAUGGCAAAGUGCCACACCAGAGCGCCAUACUCACGAGAGGUUUCAAAGAGAGUGCCUUCUCCCUGGCUCUGCUGGCGGCUGGUGUGGCCCACUCAGUGGCGUCUGCCUGCAGCCUGGGCAAGCUGCGCGGCUGUGGCUGCAAAGCCAAGCGUCGCCUGGACGACGACAAGAUCCGGCUGAAGCUGACCCGGCUGCAGCUGCAGACCCUGCAGAGGAGUGGGAUGAGCGCUCCUGAGUUCAGCCCCAACCACAGCGGGCUGCCCACGUACCUGCGCCCUGGCCAUCCCACCGCGCUCCUGAAGCCCUUGCCAGAGGAGGGGGCAUCGGUGCAGGAGACCUGGGAGUGGGGUGGCUGCAGUCAUGAUGCUCACUUUGGCGUCCACUUCGCCAGGGACUGGCUCGACUCCAGGGCGUCACCACGUGAUAUACACGCCAGAAUGAAGAUGCACAACAAUCGAGUUGGCAGGCAGACAGUGACUGACAACAUGAAGAGAAAAUGCAAAUGUCACGGCACGUCUGGCAGCUGCCAGUUCAAAACAUGCUGGUACGUAUCUCCUGAGUUCAGGCUGGUAGGGACGCUGCUCCAUCAGAAAUUCCUCUCUGCCGUCUUCAUCAACUCCCAGAACAAGAACAGCGGCGUGUUCAACCCGCGAGUGCCGGCAGGGCCCGAUCCGACCGGGCCCCGCCGCCGCAGCCUCUCCCGGGAGCUGGUCUACUUCGAGAAGUCGCCUGAUUUCUGCGAGCGCCAGCCAUCCGUGGACUCGCCGGGAACGCAGGGCCGCAUCUGCAACAAGAGCAGCCUGGGCUUGGAAGGCUGCGGCUCGCUGUGCUGCGGACGAGGACACAACGUGCUACGGCAGACGCGCAGCGAACGUUGCCACUGCCGCUUCCACUGGUGCUGCUACGUCCUCUGUGACGAGUGCCGCGUCACCGAGUGGGUCAACGUGUGCAAGUGA